AGGCCCCAGCCCUCCCCGGCGCUCCGCGGUCUCCGCUGUCCCGUUGCGCAUCCCCGGCUCCCGGAGGGUCCCGCCGCUCCCCGGGUCUGUGCCGGUAAGAGCAGCCCCGAUCCCCGCCCUCUGUCCCCGCUCCAGGUCGCUCCGCCGCCAUGGCGUCCAGCGGGGAGGAACCGAGCGGCGGCUCCCCGGGCCGGGCGGGCACCGGCGCCGAGGCGGACGCGGCCCAGCUGGACACGGCGGAGGAUUUCGAGGUGCUGGAGGAGGAAGGGGACGAAGACGAGGAUGACCUGAGCGAGCUGCCCCCGCUGGAGGACGUGGGCCGGCCAACGGCGCCGCCGCGGGACGACGCGCACCCCUCGGUGCGGGGCGCGGGGGACGCGGCCGGGGAGCCCGAGGAGUGGCUCGAUGUUCUGGGGAAUGGUUUGCUCAAGAAGAAGACGCUGGUGCCGGGCCAGGGUGUGGAGAGCCGUCCCCAGAAGGGCCAGGACGUGACAAUCCGCCUGAAGGCCGCGCUGGAGGAUGGCACCGUGGUGGAGCAGGAGCCUGCCCUCACCUUCACGCUGGGGGACUGCGAUGUCCUGCAGGCUCUGGACCUGUGUGUGCAGCUCCUGGAGAUGGGCGAGACGGCUCUGAUCGUGUCAGACGCCAAGUACUGCUACGGAGCUCAGGGCAGGAGCCCUGAGGUGCCCCCCAACGCGUCCCUCACGCUGGAGGUGGAGCUGCUGGCAGCUCGGGACGCCCCAGACCUGGAGCUGCUCACCGGCAAGGAGAAGAUCCGGCUGGCCAACCGCAAGCGGGAGCGCGGCAACUUCUUCUACCAGCAGGCAGACUACGUGCUGGCCGUCAACUCGUACGACAUCGCCCUCAGGAUCCUGGGCUCCAGCUCCAAAGUGGAUUUCAGCCCGGACGAGGAGGCCGAGCUGCUGGACGUGAAGGUGAAGUGUCUCAACAACCUGGCGGCCUCGCAGCUCAAGCUGGACCACUUCAAGGCGGCUCUCAAGUCCUGUAACCUGGUGCUGGAGCACCAGCCGGGGAACAUCAAGGCUCUCUUCAGGAAGGGGAAGGUGCUGGCUCAGCAGGGAGAGUACAGAGAGGCCAUUCCCAUCCUGAAGGCAGCCCUGAAGCUGGAGCCUUCCAACAAGACCAUCCACGCCGAGCUCUCCAAGCUGGUGAAGAAGCACGCAGACCAGAGGAACGUGGAGACCGAGAUGUACAGGAAGAUGCUGGGGAACCCCAGCGCCGCCAGCACCCCCAGCAAGUGCAAAGACAAACUGCCGUGGUCCAUCCCCUGGAAGUGGCUCUUCGGCGCCACGGCCAUCGCGCUGGGCGGCGUGGCCCUGUCCGUGGUCAUCGCCGCCAGGAACUGAGGCUGGCACCGGGGAGGCCCCCGGGCACAGGGGCGGUGCCAGGGCCUGGCUCUCUGUGCCAAGGGGCUGCCCCCAGGCUGUGCCACCCCUUCCUUCCCGCGGGCUCGCAGCCCCACGGAUGCUUUCUGUGCCGGAGGUGCCGGAUGUCUCUCCCGACGUUCCCCACAUCCCUCCUGGCGCGGGCGGGUGCCGCCCGCGGGGUGGGCAGCGGGUGCUGGCAGAGCAGGGACCCCCGGGCAGCCUGCUGGCAGUCAGGGGCUCAGCCCCAGCCCUGAGGGUGUCACGGGCAGCAGGAGCUGCCUCUCCCCGGUACGGCCUGGCCGUGCCCAUCCCUGCUGCCAGGACAGGGUGGCACGGAGGAGGAAGGUGUGGGGAGCGAUGUGGAUGUGCCCAGGGGGCAAUGCAGCGACAUUCCCUGAUUCCUGGGGGCUGCCAGGGGCUCAGCCCUCCCGGAGGCACCCGCUGCCCUCCUCUGCACAUCCCUGGAGCGUGCAAUGUCCAAAGGAAGCCAAAGAAACCCGCGGCGGGAGGGAUGGAGGAGGGAGCGCUGCAGACCCUCUGUCCAGGCUGUCUUCCCCUGGCUCCAAGCCCCUCGGGGGUCCCUCCCUGCUCUGCAGCCCCCCCAGCGCCUGCCCAGCCUCAGCUCUGCUCGUGGGGGGGUUGUAGCACUGUCCUUGCACCCCAAACUGACUGUGAACUUCCCAAAUAAAGGACAAUUCCUUCA